AUGGGCCAGGGCGACGAGAGCGACCGCAUCGUGAUCAACGUGGGAGGCACCAGGCACCAGACCUACCGCAGCACCCUGCGCACCCUGCCCGGCACGCGCCUCGCCUGGAUCGCCGAGCCCGAUGCCCACAGCCACUUCGACUAUGACCCCCGCACGGAUGAGUUUUUCUUCGACCGCCACCCGGGCGUCUUUGCCCACAUCCUGAAUUACUACCGCACGGGCAAGCUGCACUGCCCCGCGGACGUGUGCGGCCCCCUGUAUGAGGAGGAGCUGGCCUUCUGGGGCAUCGAUGAGACCGAUGUGGAGCCCUGCUGCUGGAUGACCUACCGGCAGCACCGCGACGCCGAGGAGGCGCUGGACAGCUUCGGCGGGGCGCCCCUGGAUAGCAGUGCCGAGGACGGAGACAUAGAUGGCACCGGGGACUCUGGCGACGGCGAAGAGGAGCUGGAGAUGACAAAACGCCUAGCGCUUAGUGACUCCCCAGAUGGCAGGUCUGGGGGCUUCUGGAGAAGGUGGCAGCCCCGCAUCUGGGCACUCUUUGAGGAUCCCUACUCCUCCAGAUAUGCAAGGUAUGUGGCAUUUGCCUCCCUCUUCUUCAUUCUGGUCUCCAUCACCACCUUCUGCCUCGAGACCCAUGAGAGAUUUAACCCCAUUGUGAACAAGACAGAAACUGAAUUCAUCGGGAAUGACACCCAGGUGCGGCACUACAGGGAAGCAGAGACUGAGGCCUUUCUCACCUACAUCGAAGGUGUCUGUGUGGUCUGGUUUACAUUUGAGUUCUUGAUGAGAGUCACUUUCUGCCCAAACAAGGUGGAAUUUAUCAAAAACUCUUUGAACAUCAUUGACUUUGUGGCCAUACUGCCUUUCUAUCUAGAGGUUGGACUCAGUGGCCUGUCUUCCAAAGCUGCUAAGGAUGUCCUGGGCUUCCUCCGCGUAGUCCGUUUCGUGCGAAUCCUGCGAAUUUUCAAGCUGACCCGCCACUUUGUUGGGUUGCGGGUCCUGGGACACACCCUCCGUGCCAGCACAAACGAAUUCUUGCUGCUCAUCAUAUUUUUGGCAUUGGGCGUCUUAAUCUUUGCCACGAUGAUCUAUUAUGCCGAGAGAAUAGGUGCUAAACCAAAUGACCCUAGUGCCAGUGAACACACACACUUUAAAAAUAUCCCCAUCGGCUUCUGGUGGGCUGUUGUCACCAUGACGACCCUGGGCUACGGAGACAUGUAUCCUCAGACUUGGUCAGGCAUGCUGGUGGGGGCCCUCUGUGCUCUUGCUGGUGUGCUGACCAUUGCCAUGCCUGUCCCUGUCAUUGUGAACAAUUUCGGAAUGUAUUACUCCUUAGCUAUGGCUAAGCAGAAGCUACCAAAGAAAAAAAAGAAGCAUAUCCCGAGGCCACCCCAGCUGGGAUCCCCCAAUUAUUGUAAAUCUGUCGUAAACUCUCCACACCACAGUACUCAGAGCGACACUUGCCCACUGGCCCAAGAAGAAAUUUUAGAAAUUAACAGAGCAGAUUCGAAACUGAAUGGUGAGGUGGCCAAGGCGGCGCUGGCAAACGAAGACUGUCCCCACAUAGACCAGGCUAUUACGCCUGAUGAGGGCCUGCCCUUUACCCGCUCUGGCACUCGGGAGAGAUAUGGACCCUGCUUCCUCUUAUCAACCGGGGAAUAUCCCUGCCCGCCUGAUGGAGGAAUAAGAAAGGAUCUUUGCAAAGAAAGUCCAGUCAUUGCUAAAUAUAUGCCAACAGAGGCAGUCAGAGUGACCUGACAAGGCAAGAUGGAGAUGAACAUUGAUGGCUAAUAAACAUCUGUGUGGAACUGUGCAGGCAUAGAAGACCUUCUCAUUUGGACAAAGUAAACUCGCUCCAUGCAGGUUUUAUGGAUGAUUCUUCAUGGUUUUGGAGUUGUACUAGAGAUGCAGGCUUUUUCUACGGCCAAAAUAUAACAAAACUAUAGAAGAUUUUUUUUUAAUCUAUUUUUUGUUCCGUAGCAUGAAUUGCAUGAAGACAAAAAUUAAAAAACAGAAAACAAGAAACACUUCAAAUGUAUGAUUAACCUUAAGGAGAAAAAAAAAAAGCAAAGUUAUAUAUUUUCUUUCAAAGCUCUUUACUUUUACAUACGUUGUUGUAGCCAAAAUGUAAAACAUGAUAAAACUGUACAUUUCUUUGCUAUGGAUCGCUUCUUUUUGUAUACAAGAUACAGAGUAAUGGUUUUAAAAAAGUGCAAUCAGGCAGUCAUCGGUCAUAUUGACCACGCCUUCACAGUUCAUCAUACCAACAUGGAAAUCAAGAACUUUUAAUCUGACUAGAAGUGUAUAAAAAUAAGAAACUUUUUCCUGUCUGUUUUUGUUGGCAUGCUUGUGACACAUGGGACCUUCCUUCGGACCUGACAGUAACAACUGGUCUAGAUUUAAUUUUCUAGCUCUGGUUAUGUUGUAUUUUAUUGAUGUAUAGAUCCAACGUAAAGACCCUUCAUAAAUUGUUCAUAUUAAGUAAUCAGUAUGAAUUUUAAACAAAAAAGUGUUAUUUUAAAACUGGGACUUAUAGUACAAAAAAUCAGGAAAAUACUCAAGUAUAAAACUGUCUCAAAGUUUAAGAAACAAGACAACAGCAUUGUAUGCAAUUUAGUACUUCUGAGUAAAAUGCAUGCACAAUGUUAUGCAAAACAAUUCUAGCAUGAAAUAAAUUUUGUAUCAUGGUUUCAGUGCCUGCUGUAUAGUGUAAAGGGGAAUCCAUUUCUGAAGCGAUCAGGGGUUUCCAGAGACUUGCUUCUAAAAUCUUGAAUAAAUACCGUGUUC